UAUAGCUUUCGAAAGAUCGAUUUGUGUUGAAAAACACUAGUUUUAGCUUUGGUUAGAUGUGCAAUGGCUCAUCAGCCUUAGCUUAACGUCUUAGUUACCAUGGAUCUUAACAUUUUUGUCUUUUUUGGAAUUUUUCUUUACGACAAUUUUUCUACAGAAGGUAAAAAAGUUACUCCUGAUGGAGUUGUGCACGAGGCAUUUAAAGCAGAUGCUUUUCGUCGAAUCACAACUCACCUCAUCGAGACUCACAUAGUCAACAAACUUGGCUCGUGUGCCUUUAGAUGUUCUAAACACCUUGAAUGUGUGUCUUUUAACUUUGGGAAUCGUAUGAAUGGCAAACACGGCUGUCAGUUACUAAGAACAGAUAAGUACAACUCAGGAUCUUCCUACGUUACCGACACAGACUUCCACUAUUUCUACCCCGUGAACAAGUGCAUGGGCUCAUCGCCCUGCCUGUACAACGGUACCUGCUACCCUGACUACGACAAUGAUGACUAUAAUUGUGUUUGUACUAACCUAACGACAGGCAAAAAUUGUGAAAUACAUAAAAGCUGUUUGAGUGUGUAUUCUUUGGGCGCAAGAGUAAGUGGUGUGUAUUUGAUUGAUCCUGAUGGGCAAGGCUCAUUCCCAGUCUACUGUGAUAUGACCACUGACGGCGGAGUGUGGAAUGUCUUCCAAAAACGCUUCGACGGCUCACUAGAUUUCUAUCGCGGUUGGCAAGACUACAAAAACGGUUUUGGUGAUCUGACUGGUGAGUUUUGGCUGGGCCUUGAAAAGAUCCAUCGAUUGGUUAAAACCAACAGUUUCACACUGCGAGUUGAAUUGGAAGACUGGAAUGGAAGCAAGGGGCAUGCUGUAUAUUCUUCAUUCAAAGUAGCAGGCGAGAGCGAUUCUUAUCGCUUGGAUGUAAGUGGGUUUGGGGGAACUGCAGGAGAUGCUCUUUUGGAAGGCAAUGCUCUCGAAAUUCACACCAGUAUGCCGUUCACUACCCAUGACAGAGACAACGACGAAAACACCGCUGGCAAUUGUGCAGUGGAUUCACACGGGGCAUGGUGGUACAAGAACUGCUACUCGUCUAACCUGAAUGGUAAAUAUACAGGUAAUGCUGUGGACGUCCAGGGAAUGGUUUGGAAGACUCUCACAAAUGAGCGAAGAGGACUCAAGAAAGUAGAGAUGAAAAUAAGACCAAGUGAUUUUGUUGGCAGUCCAUGCUCAAGCAGUCCUUGUAAGAAUCGAGGUACAUGUACAGUAACUACGCCUACUACCUUCCAGUGCACGUGCUCUCUUGGUGUUACAGGCUCACUUUGUGACAUAGUAAAGAGGGACUGCCUAGCGCUGUACUCUGCAGGAUACACCAGUGAUGGAGUUUACACCAUUAAACCAGACAGUCAAAGCCCAUUCCGAGUCUAUUGUGAUAUGACGAGCAAUAACGACGGGUGGACGGUCAUCCAGAGAAGAACCGAUGGCUCCACAGACUUUUUCCUCGGCUGGCAAGAUUACAAAACCGGUUUUGGUAAUCCGAAUGGAGAGUACUGGUUGGGAAACGAGAAAAUCCAUCGUCUUACAUCACUCGGUCAAAAUACUUUGCGAGUUGAGCUAGAAGCCUGGGACGGAAGCAAAUAUUUUGCUAAUUACUCGUCAUUUCUUGUAGCCAAAGAGAGCGAGUCUUACCGUUUGAAUGUGAGUGGUUACCAAGGUACCGCUGGAGAUUCUUUGUCGGAUGGAGCCAAUCAGAAUGUUGUGUCUAAUGGGAUGAAAUUCAGUACACGUGACAUGGAUAAUGAUCUCGCUGCCAGCAGUUGUGCCAAUACAAAUGUUGCCGGAUGGUGGUUUAGGAACUGCUCUGCGUCCAACCUUAAUGGGAGGUAUUUAGGAGAUAAUGUCGAUACAAAAGGUGUGACGUGGUACUCUUUAAGUCUUGAGUAUAGAUCGCUGAAAAAAGCACAAAUGAAGAUUAAACUGGUGGUCACUCCAUGUACCAGCGAGCCGUGUCUCAACGGAGCAGCUUGCACAGUGACAUCAUCAAGUAACUUCAGCUGUACAUGUACACCUGGCUUCAUGGGGUCCCUGUGUGAUCAAGUAAUUACACCAUGCACGAGUAUGCCGUGCUUUAACGGUGCAACUUGUGUUGUGACAUCACCAAGUAACUUUAGCUGUAAUUGUAAACCUGGCUUCACGGGAUCCCGGUGUGAUGAAGUUGUUACACCUUGUACCAGUAUGCCAUGUAAGAACGGAGCAACGUGUUCGGUAACGUCAUCCAGUACUUUUAGCUGUAACUGUGUCUUUGGCUUUACGGGCUCACAGUGCGAAAAAGCAUUUCGUGACUGUUCGGUAUUCCACAAAGCAAACCCUUCAUUACCUAACGGUGUAUACACCAUCCAACCCGGAUCGCAAAAGUCCUUCAACGUCUCAUGCGACAUGACUACUGAUGGAGGAGGGUGGACAGUCUUCCAAAAGCGAUUAGAUGGCUCCGUCAGCUUUGAACGCGGUUGGGCUGAUUAUAAAACUGGUUUUGGGGACCUGAAUGGCGAAUUUUGGUUGGGGAACGAUUAUCUUCACCGUUUGACGAAAAGCACCUUUUUAACGUUGCGAAUUCGAGUCUACGAUUGGGCAGGCAAUAUGGUACAUGCCGAGUACAGUGUGGUCACUGUAGGUAACGAGAACAGCAAAUACCUACUGACUCUUAAGGGGCUUUAUAAAGGAGACGACGGUAAUGCAAUGUCUGCCCAUAAUAAUGCACUCUUCAGCACAUCUGAUAGCGAUAACGACGACAGUGCAGGGAAUUGUGCCACAGAACACAAAGGAGGUUUUUGGUACAAGAGUUGUAUUGAGAAUGGUGCAAGUCCUAAUGGCGCUUAUCUUGGUAACGUUGUUAACCAGCAAGGCGUAGUUUGGAAGUCGUGGAAAAACACCUUCGAGAAUAUGAAAACAAUACAAAUGAUGCUAAGGACGCCAAACUAUGAUGGCGCGAUAAAAGACAAAAAUGGCAAGGCGUGCUUUAUACCUUAUAAUUUUAAAGGAGUUGAUUACUACGCAUGUACAAACGAAGGCUCAUUUUGGGGUACUCCAUGGUGCUCAUAUCAGUAUGAUUACAUUGAUAAUUCUCUUCACUGGGGUUAUUGCAAUUAGUUCAUACCGUUCAUCAAUUACUGUUAAAUAAACGAGCAGGAGUGUUUUAGACCCGACAAAACACAAUAUGCGAGUUUAUUUAUUGAAGUGCUUCAAAAACGUAUAAUUCCCAUACCUUUGGUUGAAUUAGAGCGACCAUAUACUUCGCAAACAUGGACUUUUAUACAGCAAUGUCACGCGCAGUGAGGUUUGUACGUCACUGCCAUGUGCAGUGAGUGCACAAAAGGCUGCCACAAGUUAAAAACAACAUGCCCGACUCAAGACAGGGGCACACUAGUCGGCAAUAUAUUGUUGUCAUCGAUGAUCUUAGAAACUGACCUUAAAUCGUCUUCAUCUAAACUAUCUCUGAUAAAGUCGUCAUCAUUAUAUAUUAUAUCACAUGAAGAAUACUAAUAAUGAUGAGACUUUAUAGUUUCCAGAAGUAUAAUGAAUCACAAUGAAGUGGACUUUAGGGGGUUUAAAGGUUCAUGCACGUGACGUGUAUGGUUGUUCCAAUUAGUUCAAAAGCUCAUUAAUCGAUUAUUCAUGAGGGUUUUUUUUUAUAAAUCGUAUGACUAGACUAUUAAAAUUUUUCAAGACGUGUUUCUAGAUUAGGGACCUAGUGUUAGCCAUUUUAGCAACCAACUGAAAUGUUCACAUUUGUCAGGGGUAAUUGAGGAACGCACAAAUUUAGAAACGUGAGCAUUCCAAGGACAUUAACUGAAGCAUUCUGAAUAUCGCAAGUAUACCAAACGCAUACCAAAACCCAACUAACCUUGAAAUACCAAACAAUUGUUAUAAGCAAUAGCAUGACCUGAGAUUGGUAGCUAUUAGAUGUCGCCGAAAGACAAGGGAGAUUUUUUGAAGUCCCGACGCCAUAGGCGUCAACUCGGAAAUGUCGAUAACUUAUUACAUCACAAAUCGUUAGAAAAAGUCCCGAUGUGAUGAACGCAUGCGCGAGAACUAAUGAAUAGGUCCCACAAAUGUCUGGGUCUUUAACACAGUGUAGCAGACAGGCAUUGCGCCCAGUACAAGAUUUGAGACCCAGUCAUCGUCCAGAUGUUAUGAAUGUCGAAAUAAUGGAUAAGAAAAACAUCAUUUUGGAGUUGAAGUUAAACUUAAACCAUGUCCCGAGGUGGAUUUAGUUUUGCGAGUUUCCGAUGAAAUAUCCAACCCCCAAGCGUCCGCACCCGUCUAGCUAGGUAGCAAUUUUUCUAGUAAUAUUUCAAAAACGAGUGAGAGUGUUUCAUUAGGGUUUCCAAACACGAGAAAACAUUUGAAAGAACGAUGCCGUAGGCUGAGUGCUUUUAUUGUUUUCCAGUGCCGGUUUGAAAACCCUAUUGAAACACGAAGCACGAGUUUUUGGGAUAACUUUUCUAAUAAGUUAGUAAUUUAUCAUGCAGGAAAAAAUAUUUUGAGGGGGAGAGAGUUAGAAAAAUGAAGCAAAAAGGUGAAAAGUGGAUGAAAAAUUCUUCUAGCUAUUUUGUAACUCUAUCCUCUCCAUUACUUACUUUUUAUACUUCUAUCUAAUAUCUACUUACGUAGUUACCUUUUUCUUUUCUUUUUACCUUGGACUUGCCAUGUCUCGAACCUGGGACCCAUGGCGUGAUAGUCUAGUGCGUUACCAAAUAUACCAAUAAGAAAUUUUGCUGACAAAGUUGGAUUGGAUUUAUAUUUUAUUGGUGAUUUUCCCAUACAACAGCUCAACUUAUAUUAAAUAACGCAAUAAAAACAAGCAAACUUU